ACCAUCUCUGGCAGGUGGUGCCUUUAAAGCGUACACUUGGCUACCGUUAAUGUCGUUUUUUGAGAGUACUUAUAUCGAAAUAACUACCGCAUUGACUUUUUAAGGAACAUUUUUUUUAAACAGACGGUCAUGGUGUGUCUUUGAAAAGGCACCGGAAACGUGGAUAAUGAGCUAAGGGGUUCCCCCCUUCUUUUAUCUCCCACAGAGGUUUGGACAUCGGCGCCUUCAUCUUUUGCUAUUUUACAGAAAAGGACCCCCACCUCAAAAAAAAAAAACACAACGUGUUGAUGAUGUGUCAGCAUCGGUGAAGAAGAGACAAUAGAGACGGGGGGAACAAAAAGCCCCCCCAACAACGAGACUGACGAGCUCUGCUAUCCCGGAGUUUGGAUCGCUUUGGCGUCAAUAUGUCGAUAUGAUGCGUUAAGGAGCUUUGUUGUUGUUGGUUUUUUUUGGGUGUGUUUUCCCUUAAGUAUCAUUUAGUUCUCUUGUCGGAAUAUGCUGAGCGGAACGCAAAGCAGCGGACGUUGGGUUCUGCUUUAAAAAAAAUGAGGAAGCGUCUCCAUAAAGACCCUGAAAAUGGCAAGAAGGUCUCGUCGUCAGUGGGCCUGGAUUUGAGCAGAACGAGAAGAAAAGGAUCAUCCGCAGAAGAAGAAGAAGAAGAAGCAGCAGUAUGAUUUUUUGUCUUUAACCCCCCCCGCAAUGACACCAAAGGAGGUCGAACCGUGGCGAUAGAUGAAGGCGAUUCGUUUUUUUGCAACUUCUGGUGCGCCCACAAUGAACACUUUUCACUUCGAUAGCAGAUAUUGAGAUAUUUUUUCUACAGCUUAUCAAGUAUUUUUGUUAUCUGUUUUUUUUUUUUUUUUUUUUAAACGACUAUUCAAUGGAAGUAUGUUAUCAGCUGCCAGUGUUGCCUCUAGACAGGCCGGUUCCCAAGCAUGUCCUCAGCCGGAGGGGAGCCAUCAGUUUCAGCUCCAGCUCCUCUCUUUUUGGGGCCCCUGAUCCAAGACAGCUGUCUCAGAGACGCGGGGCCAUCUCCUAUGACAGCUCUGACCAGACCGCGCUGUAUAUUCGUAUGCUGGGAGAUGUGAGAGUGAGAAGUCAGGUUGGAUUUGAACCGGAACGACGAAGCUCCCAUCCGUACCUGUGCAUCGACUUCCGAAACCUUCACACGCGUCUCAGCUGCGGGUCCACGCCGCCAAGCUCCACCCCCGAGAGGAGGGUCCGCAGACUGCUCAGCCUCCAGAGAUACCUGCACUCGUCUCGCCUGCUGCGGGGAUCCCCCCAGCAGAUCCCCCUACCCAUUCUCGAUGAAGACUACACUGGACAGGCCCGAUGCAUGCUGGAAAAAGUCGGGAACUGGAAUUUUGACAUUUUCCUCUUCGAUAGGUUGACCAACGGAAACAGCCUGAUCACUCUAACCUUCCACCUGCUAAACCAAUACGGCCUGGUGGAGCUCUUCCAGCUGGACAUAGUCAAACUGUGGCGGUUCCUGGUCAUAGUCCAGGAGGACUACCACAGCGACAACCCCUACCACAACGCCGUGCACGCCGCCGAUGUCACACAGGCCAUGUAUUGCUACAUGCGCGAGCCCAUGCUGGCUAAGUCUUUGACCUCCUAUGACAUCCUGCUGGGACUGCUCGCCGCCGCCACACAUGACCUGGACCAUCCCGGGGUCAACCAGCCUUUCCUCAUAAAGACUGACCACUAUCUAGCUUCACUCUACAAGAAUACCUCAGUUCUGGAGAACCACCACUGGAAGUCGGCUGUGGGGCUGCUCAGAGAGACGGGGCUCUUCUCCCACCUGCCCGCUGAAGACAGCUUGAGCAUGGAGAGGGACCUGGGCUCUUUAAUCCUGGCCACCGACAUCAGCAGGCAGAAUGACUACCUGUCCCGCUUCCGUCUGCGUCUGGACCAGGGCAGCCUGUGCUUGAGUAACGCCAGCCACCGCCACUUUGUCCUGCAGAUGGCUCUGAAGUGUGCAGACAUCUGUAACCCCUGCAGACCCUGGGAGCUGAGCAAGCAAUGGAGCGAGAAAGUCACCAAUGAGUUCUUCCAGCAAGGCAACAUUGAGAAGAAGCACAAACUAGAAGUCAGCCCACUUUGUGACAGAGACAUGAACACUGUUGGCAACAUUCAAAUAGGCUUCAUGACGUACGUAGCAGAGCCACUGUUCGCCGAGUGGGCCCGUUUCUCCGACACGCGCCUAUCCCAGACCAUGCUGGGUCACAUGGGGCUGAACAAGGCCAGCUGGGGCGCCCUACAGCAGCAGGAACAAAGCUCAGCUGCCGGCGAUGAGGCAGAACCUGGCGGGACCGUCACCGGAGGAGAAGGAGGAGGAAGCAGCAGCUCCAAAGACAUACCUCAGGGAAGCGGAGUAUCCUGACACCACCUCGUCUGGGUUUGGCCACACACUCCGGGGAGCGUGCAGGGCGUCCACAGCCACAUCUUUUUUUUUUUCUUUUCCACUUCCCCAUCUUGGUAAACCACUGAUUUUAUUUAAUUUAUUUAAGUUUUAAUUCCUCCUUUUUGUUUGGAUAUAGAGCAAUACAUAGAUACCUCAUUUUGGCUCCUGCUGUAAUUUCUUUUACUUGCUCAUCUUUUAUUUAUUUGUCCUGAGUUUCCUUUUUUUUUGUUUUUUUUUUUGGCAUUAUACUGCCUGAAGCCACUGGAUUUGAAAGCAGUAUGGAAACUUUCAUAAGUGCCAUUUUUGACAAGCCGAGUAUUGAGUGACGCCACGUCGUUUGUAUCGAAGAUUCUUCCUCACCUUUUUUUGUAAAAAAAAAAAACAAAAAAAACAAAACGUGACAAGCCCAAGUCGUUUUGCUGCCU